UCCGAAGUAUGAAGAAGUGGGAGCGGACCCAGAGUGCUUUUCUCGUCCUGAAGCUUCUUGGGGCCGGGGGCCGUUCAGUUAUUGUUGCCACGUGCAUGUACUUGGAACACGCGCAUCGCGAUCUUUUACAUCGGCGUACAUUCUAUUCUAUAUUUUCAAAAAAAAAAAACGCGAAUAAUUUUGUAAAUUUGCCAUAAAAAUUACCUAAAAUUAAUUUUAAAAAAUUCUCUCCUAAUCUUAUAUUCAACACUUUUUUUUAAAAAAAGUUUUCUUUAAUUUUCAAAAUUAAAAUUAUCAGACAAUAUAUAAAUAAUAAAUCCGACUGUAAAUUAAUUUUAAAAGAUAUUUUUUCAAAAUUUUAUUUAUCAAAGAAGAAAUUUUAAUUUUUAAAUAUUUUUCAAAUAAAAUAUUGUUUUCUAUUUUUUUUUUAAGAAAUAAAAUAAUAGUGCUUGUGUAAUUUUUUUUUUAAAUUAAAAAAUUUUUUUAUUUAACUUAGUAUAUAUAAUAACAAAUCAUAAACCGUUGAACGUGUGAAUUUCUAUAUAACAAAAGACACUUCGUGCUUAAGAGCAAUGAAGAAAAAAGGGAGAAUAGAAGUUCUUUUUGGGAUAUGUACUCUGGCAGCUAGUCUGAUAAUAGCGGCUGCCUCACCAACAGAGAAAACAUUCUUAUUAGGAGAAGAAUGUAGCAGAGAUCGAGAGUGUGAAGGCAGCAUCAUGAAAAGUCGAUGUUACUUGGGCUAUUGUCGAUGUCUACCCUUUUUUGCUGAAUAUAAUAGCACCCACUGCUUAGAAUCGAAUCUUCUUGAACAGAAAUGCCUUAUUAAAGAGCAGUGCUCAUUAAAGGUAGCCAACAGCUCUUGUCUCGCUGGCGUAUGCAGGUGUGAAGAUGGAUUUUUACAGUUUCGAAAACAUACUUGUUUAGGACCUGCACAAUUGGGACAGGUUUGUUAUAGCAAUGAUCAUUGUCGAUUAUGGGACAGCGACACUCAUUGUGAUUUUUUGAUUCCAAAUUUAUUUGGUCGAUGUGAAUGUACAUCGCCAAUGCGUCGUGAUAAUAAUGUUUGUCGUCCCGAUCGUUUGGUGAGACCGGCAUUUGAUUUGCAACAGCAAUCUGUCCUACAGAAACCAAAUGACGAAGUGACACAGCAAAAUUAUCCCUAUAAUGAUGAAUUCAACAAUCAGGAAGUGGAAACUGGUGUUCAAAUAUCGUGGUUGAAAAAUGCAAGUUUACUGCUUUCAACUUCUCCAACAACAGAUUCGGGGCCUCUUUUAAUUGUUACAAGACCAUCUCAAAAUCAUUUGAAACCAAUUCACAAUCGUAAUAAUGAUUUGCCUGAAGAAAAUGAUUCUGUUGUUGUCGAUGCAAUGAUAACCGAACUCAUUCAGAUUACUUCUUCUCCAGCCACUGUUUCAGUUCCAAUGAAGACAGAACGACAUGAGGGCGGAAAUAUCAUCAGUCUUGGUUUGCCAUGUACAGCGAACAUUGAAUGUCAAAUGUCAGAUUCUAAUUCACGAUGCAUUAAUGGUGUAUGUGAUUGUAAGUCGUACGGAAAAGGAAACGCAACUUGUAGUGCACAAAAAAAUGGUUGCGCGCCUGGUACUUUUCAAUGUCGAAGUACCGGAACCUGUAUCAGUUGGUUUUUUCUAUGCGAUGGUAAACAACACUGUUCAGAUGGUUCAGAUGAGGCAUGCUCCACGAUUGCACAAUGUCCAAUUCAAGCGUUUCGUUGCCACAGAAGUGGUACAUGCAUUUCCAGAGCUGGACUAUGCAAUGGUCAUCGCGAUUGUCCCAAUGGUGAAGAUGAGGAAAACUGUCGCAAUAAUCGAAGAAGAUGCCCAGAAGGAGCAUUUCGAUGCAAUAAUGGACAAUGUUUGCCAGCUUAUGAAUUUUGCAAUUCAGUUAUUUCGUGCCGAGAUGGAAGUGAUGAACCACACAGUACUUGUCAAACAAAUAAUAAAGGUCGAGUAUCAUCCAAAUUCUGUCCUUUCAAAUGUAAAAACGGAAGAUGUAGAUCUGAUGCAAUUACAUGCAGCGGUAGAGAUGGUUGCGGUGAUAAUUCUGAUGAACUUCAUUGUUCCGUAUGCAGAUGUGCUGAUGUGCCUUAAUUGUCCAACUUAAGGAACCAGUUCCUUUUAACAACUUGCCGUGAAGCAAACUUUAUUGUCAUCAAUGCGAAGAUAAAUUGAACAGAAAAAAAGACUUUUUAUUUUUAUCUAUAAAAAUAGAUAUUUGCAAGAUUUGAAUAAGAAUGAGUUACAGAAAAUAAUUUUUAUUUAGAACGUUUGAUUUUUGCACACUGAGAAACAAAAUAUAAAAAAAAUUUGUUAAAAAAAAUCAUGGUUGCUACAAAUAGCCAAAGAACAAAUUAAAAUUUUUUUUUUUUUGAAAAUGAGACAUAUUUUUUUGGCUGUUUCUAUUUCGCCCGUCGCGGGCGAACUAAUUCAUUUCUGUUAUUUCGCCCGUCGAAAUGAAUGUGUUUUAGAAAACGGGCAAAAUAAGAAAAAUAGAUUAUUUCGCCCGUUCAAGAUAAAAUCGAGUAUCUGGAAGACGGGCGAGUAUAUUAUUUCGUCCGUUAAGUAUAGACAGCUGUUUUUUAGAU